AUGCCACCCGUCGCCCUGUUUCUGAUUUCCGCUCGUCGCCCUCCCUUCUUUACGCCGCGCACGCUUCCGUACCCCGCUCACGUUUCCUCCCGUCGCUCUCAUCCAUUCGCCGCACUCCGAUCCGCUCGACGCUCUCCCUUCCGCGCGUCUCCCUCCCUUCCGCGCGUCGCCCUCCCAUCCGCUCGUCACUCUCCCUUCCGCACGUCGCCCUCCCUUCCGCACGUCGCCCUCCCUCCCGCCCGUCGCCCCGCCCAUCCACAUGUCGCUCUCCCUCCCACCCGUUGUCCUCCCUUCGUCUCGUCGCCCUCCCUCCCGCUCAUCCCCGCGCCAUCCCCGUCUCCCUGUCUCCCCGUCGCCCUCGCUUUCCCGGUCUCCUCUUUUUCCCCGUCUCCCUGCCAUCCACGUCGUGUCGCCCUCGCCAUCCCUCCCGUCUCCCUUUCCAUCGCAACCUUGUCACCCUUCUACCCCUACACACGCCCUUCCCUCCUCCCAAUGAUUGCCAAUCGCCCCCACGCUGCUUACCUCUCUCCCUCUUGCCCCCAUCAUCUGCUUUCCCCCAUCCCCUUCCCUGCUUUCCCCCAUUCCCUUCCCUGCUUUCCCCCAUCCCCUUCCCUGCUGUCCCCUUCUUCCUGUUCCCCCCCCCCCCUUCCCUUUCCCCCUCUCCCUGUCCCCCUCUCCCUGUCCCCCUCUCCCUGUCCCCAUUCUCCCUGUCCCCCCUCUCCCUGUCCCCAUUCUCCCUGUCCCCCUCUCCCUGUCCCCAUUCUCCCUGUCUCCAUUCUCCCUGUCCCCAUUCUUUCUGCCCCUCCACUCGCCUCCUCCCUUUCGUACCACCAGCCUUUUCCCCCAAUCCUCCACAUUCCCCCUGACAUUACACCCACCUUCCCUCACUCUUUCCUCUUUCCUCCACCGCAUACCCCCCAUUGGCAGUGA